AAGGCCAGAGCGGCGCCGUCCAAGAUGGAGGCGGCCGGCGAGGCCGAGGCUGAGGCCGAGGGGGCGGUGGGGCCCGGCGUGCGGCCUGCGGGGCUGAGGCACCGCCAUCCCAUCGCAGAGAUGCUGGAUCUGCCCUUCCUACCCUUCUGCGUCCUCCUGGGCGGCCUGGGUUUCAUGUGCGUGGCCUUCGUAAGCGCCUGGUGCCAGCACUGGCGCGGCGGCUUUGCCGUGGACGGCAGCGCCCAGAUGUUCAACUGGCACCCGGUGCUGAUGGUGACGGGCAUGGUGGUGCUGUAUGGCGCAGCGGCGCUGGUGUACCGCCUGCCCCCCACCUGGAGUGGCCCCAAGCUCCCCUGGAAGGUGUUACACGGUGCCUUGGCCCUGGCAGCCUUCGGCCUGGCCGUGCUGGGGUUGGUGGCCGUCUUUCGCUUCCACAAUGACCACGGGACACCCAACAUGUACUCGCUGCACAGCUGGCUGGGGCUGGUCACCGUGCUGCUCUUCUCCUGCCAGUGGCUGGCCGGCUUCAGCGCCUUCCUGCUGCCCUGGGCUCCUGGAUGGCUCCGUGCCCUCUACAAGCCCGUCCACAUCUUCUUCGGCUCCACCAUCCUCAUGCUGUCUGUGGCCUCAUGCAUUUCGGGCAUCAACGAGAAGCUCUUCUUCAGCCUGAAGAACGGGACAACAGAGUACAAGCUGCUGCCCGCCGAGGCUGUCUUUGCCAACAUGCUGGGGCUCCUGAUCCUCCUCUUCGGAGUGCUGGUGCUGGGUGCCCUGGCCAGGCCAAGCUGGAAGCGCCCCGAUGCUGACUUCCCGGACUCUUGCCAGCCCCUGCUCUCCGACAAGCGCUGACGCCUGUGCAACAGCCCCGUCGCUGCCCAGCCUGCCCCGCUCUCCGCCUGUCGCCUUGCCCUCACCGGGGAUCCCCGCUGCCGCGCCUGACGCUCAUCUGCCCGCGGGAGGGACAGGCUCGGCUCCCUUACGGCAGAGAUGUUGCUGGGGUGAGGACACCUCUCUGCCUCUUUUGUGGCUUGGCAUUGGCAUGAUGCUCAUGCCGGCGUCCUUCGGCGUCCGCUUGCCAGUUCCUGCUAGGUCCAGCUGGCCCCUGGACCUUGGUCCGUGCCAAACUGGCUCCCUCGAGCCCUCCCCGGACCCUGCAGUGACAUCCCUCAGCGCAGCGGCUGGAGCUCAGAGCCUCAGCGGGUCAGAAGCCGUCAGAGGAGCACCCCUGCGCCUGGUAGCGCUGCCGCCUCUACCCCAGGACCAUCUCCUCUGCAGGGGGGCACAGUUCGGGGCGGCGGGGACAGAGGGGACCUUCGCACAGUGCCUUGUCCUUCAUCGGGCUGCCUGUGCCUCAGCUGCGGGCAGCAGGACCAGCCGAGCAGCCUCCUGGGGCCCUCGUAGACAUGUAAUAAAUCACUGGCUUCUGCA